AUGGACCCCUUCGAAUACAACGCCAACCCCGGCCGCGUCGUCUUCGGCCCGGGCAGCAUUCGCCAGCUCCCCUCUGAGAUCCGACGGCUCUCGCUCUCCAAGCCCCUCUUGCUCACGACGCCGCAGCAGAUCUCUCAGGGCGAGGACCUCGCCAAAAUCCUGUCCGACGCGGGCAUCACGCACGCGGGCGCCUACAACAACGCGACGAUGCACACGCCGUCGCACAUCACGCAGGAGGCGAUGGAUUUCCUGCAGAGCAGGAGCGCGGACUGCGUCGUCUCGAUCGGCGGGGGGUCGACGACCGGGUUGGGCAAAGCGAUCAGUGUGCGCACGGGGCUGCCGCAUAUCUGCAUUCCGACCACGUAUGCUGGGAGCGAGAUGACGCCGAUUCUGGGGGAGACGCAGGAUGGGAAGAAGACGACGAGGUCGGACCCCAAGAUCCUCCCCGGAACGGUUAUCUAUGAUGUGGAUCUGACCAUGACGCUGCCGGCGGGGCUGUCGGCGACGAGUGGCGUCAAUGCCAUUGCGCAUGCGGUCGAGGCGCUGUAUGCGAAAAAUAAGAAUCCGAUUAUCACGAUGAUGGCGCUGGAGGGGACCAAGGCGCUGGCGGAGAGCUUGCCCGUCAUUGUGGAGAAGCCGCAGGAUCAGAAGGCGAGGGAGCGGGCGCAGUAUGGCGCGUGGCUGUGUGGUGUGUGUUUGGGGAGCAGUGCUAUGGCGUUGCAUCACAAGCUGUGUCACACGCUGGGAGGGAGCUUCAACUUGCCGCAUGCGGAAACGCAUACGAUUGUGCUGCCGCACGCGCUGAGCUACAAUGCGCCGGCCAUCCCAGAUGCCAUGGAGAAGUUGGCGAGUGUUUUGCCUGGCAGUGAGGGUGAUGCGACCAAGGGGUUGAACCUUUUGCUAGAGAAGCUCAAGGUGAAGAGGGCGCUGAAGGAUUUCGGCAUGGAAGAGAGUGGCAUUGACAAGGCGGCAGAAAUUGCGGUCAGCAACCAGUACCCUAACCCAAGGUCAGUGGAAAAGGAGCCCAUUCGGGAGCUGAUCAGGAGGGCGUGGGCGGGCGAGCCGGCACGGGCAGAUCUGUAA